AUGCAAAUCCUGACCCAACUCUCUCGGGCCCUUGCUGGCCUCCAGCCCCUCUCUUCGACUCCCUCCAGCUGCUCUGCAAGCCAGGAUGCGGUUUCCAGGGCCGUCGCUAUUGUCGAUAUCACCCAAACUAUGUCGCUCUUUGCAGUACUUCUCGACAACCAUGCCUACGCAGACCUUGGCCGCGUCUUCACCUUGAACGCCACGGCCGAUUUCAACGCGACCGGGAUCCCCGUCUGUGAGGGGCUGCCUGCUAUUAUCGAGCGUCUCGAGGAUCUGCGCGAUGCCCCCAGCAUGAUGGCCAUUUCCACACAUUUUGUCGAAGUGCAGUUGCCCGUAGCAGCGCGUGCGACCACUUACGUCACCGGUAAUAUGUUUACGCCGGGCUGGACGGAGCCGAGUUUCACUGAAUAUGGAAAGUAUGGAAGCCAUCAUCCUCGGGAAGGAAAAGUCUUGGGGUCAUUAAUGCAAUUCAUUUAUAGAUACAUUACCGAUUUUGUUCUGACAGAGGCCGGGUGGCGAGUAGACUCCUUGGUCGCUGUAGGAUGGGCAAGUCACCUCGAAACGGUUGAACCUUUCAAUUCUUGUGCUAACAUUGAGAAGGCUGUUUUUGAUCGGUGGGAAUCUCGACCAGAAUAUGCUAGCAAGGUCAAAAGUGAGCUGUAG